AAAGCAGAUUCGCGCGCGCAGGCGCAUCGGGACUCCCCUCCCCAAGGCGCCGGGUGAGCCACGCAGGCGCAGACGCCGGUGGCAUGAUCAUGCCGGUGCCACACGUGUCCCGUGUACGGGCCCUGUACCGGCGGCUCCUGACGCUGCACCGCACGCUGCCGCCUGACCUGCGCGCCCUCGGCGAUCAGUAUGUGAAGGACGAGUUCCGGCGGCAUAAAGGCGUUGGCCGCGAGGAGGCGCUGCGCUUCCUGAGCGAGUGGGAGAGGUACGCGGCCGUGCUCUGGCAGCAGACCAGGGCCGAGGGGGCGCAGCUGGGCGCCCGCCUCAGCGAGGAGCAGCUGGACGACUUCAGCCCGGAGCAGAUCGGCCAGCUGCAGGAGCUGAUGCAGGAAGCCACCAAACCCAACCGCCAGUUCAGCCUCAAAGACCCGGCCCCGCCCAGCUAGCCAGCCCCACCCAAUCGGCUGGACCUGCCCGCUUGGCCCCGCCCAACUGGCUGACCCCUCCCAGCUAGACCCCACCCAACUGGCUGGCUCCGCACCUGGCCCUUCUCACCUGGCUGGUCCCACCCAACUGGCUGGCUCCUCCCAACUGGCUAGCUCCUCCCAACUGGCUGGCUCCUCCCAACUGGCUGGCUCCUCCCAACUGGCUAGCUCCUCCCAACUGGCUGGCUCCUCCCAACUGGCUGGCUCCUCCCAGCUAGCCUGUCCCGCCCAACUAGGCCUCACCCAAUUGCUGGACCUGCCAACUAGGUCCCACCCAACUGGCUGGCUCCGCCCCUGGUCCACCUCACCUGGUCACCGCCCAGAUGGCUGGCCCCUUGCCUGUCCCGCCCAACCGGCUGGCUCCUUCCAGAUGCCCCCCUCCCCCCCACUAGCUCACCCGUCCUGACUGGCCCGUUUUGACCAACUAGACCACGGUCCACUGCUGGGAGGAGCCACUGGUCUGUGGGGGGUGGGGGUGAGGGGCCGGAACCCAGUUGUUGCCCUGAGUAACAGGAGGUCCCCUUUUGCUGCAGCUCCUCCGCACCGGGUGGAUGAGGACCGGCCGGAGGCCUCCUCCCUUGACACGAGCCCUGCUUGGGGGGGGGAGGGGGAAGGGGGCUGGCUGCGGAAAUGGUACCCUUCGAAUAUCGAUCUCUAGAUCCGGAACUGCCUUUGUCCGAGCGGCCGAAAGGUCAGAUACGGCGCCACUGCGACGCUCUUGUUUUUUCUGUCCCCCUCUCUCCGAGUCUUGCUGCGGUCGGGCGAGGGGAGCAGAGAUUUAAAGGCCACAGCCGCCCCGUUAUUGAUUCUCCGCCGGGCAAAGCCGCGGCCCCUCGCUCUUAGCCGGACACUCAGACUCGGUUUUCGCAUCUGUAUAAAGGCGCCAGCCCGUGCCCCUCCUAGAAGCCCCCUCCCCCCUUAUAAGCUCAAUGGCCUGUCCCGGCUCACAGGUGGGUGUCUAAGGAAGUGAGAGAGGGCUCUCCUCCAGAGCCAUCUGGGUCCAGGGGCCACAGAGAGAUCAGGAUCCCUGGAGAUGGCCCUGGAGGCAGCGGGAGCCCGGCCUUUUUAAGCUCAGGUCUUCAGCAAACAGGUCUCCGUCUGACUGAGGGAAUGCCGUUCAGUGAUUAAGGCUAGGUCACAAAUCUUCCAAGCGGUUUCUUAUCCCAGCACAGAAGGUGGAUCACAGACCAGUAUCCCCAGGGGUCACAAGAACUUUCUAAAGCCUCAGAGAAGUUUGGGGCCCGAGGGAGCAGGUGGUGGGAUGGUACCUGGCUGGCUGGGAGGGUUAGGACGAAGCCCAAAGUUCUCCCAUUCCUUUGGGAGGUGGGCAUUGCCGGCGGGAGCCAUCCACAUCCCGCUGCUGCUCUCCGUGCCACCUGUAUGGGGACUUUCUGUGUGUGGACGUCGGCUGGGGGAAAGGGGAAGCCCCGUGCCCUGAGGGCCCCGUCCCCCGCAGUCUCAGAAAAUUGCAUACGAAAGCCCAAACUGUUCCAUCCUCCCCUCCCUGCUCCAAAGGAAGAACAAACAAGAUUCAGUGCUAUCCAAGUAGGUCGCUUUCAUCUAGAGCCAAUCAGCUAUUCAAACCACUCCUUCCAGGUACAAAACUCUGCCUCCCGAGGCACGAAAGGAGGAGAUGACUUGGUUGGCAGCUAAGGUCAAAGGAGGUGAUUGAUGCUGAAAGGAAAUGUCAGAAUGGAACUCAUGCUCCCAAUGCCCCAGUGUCUAAUUGAAUAGGGAAAAAAUAACUGAAAAGCAAGAGGACGUAACUCGUAAAAUAAUGCAAGGAGAAAAGUCUUAAGGUAUGUUUGAAAUAAAACGGUUAAAGGAGAUAGGCAGAUAGAUGAUGGAUGAUGGAUGGACAGAAAUAGGUACAUACAUAGAUAUCUAGAUGGAUGGAUGUGCAGGUACGUAGGUGAAAGAGAUUGAGACAUAUUUAGAAUGAUGGAUGGAUAGAUGAGAUGAUAAAGGAUGGAUGGGUGGAUGGAUGGAUGAAUAUCCAUCCAGAUGAUAGAGAUAGAUGGUGGUACCUAUCUAUAUAGGGGAGAGAGAAAUUGGUGAUAUAGAUAAGGGUAUUUAAAGUACCAAGUUGCAUCCUCAAUAAUCCCCCAUCGUACUAAAUUUCAGUUUUUCCCAUCGGUUCCUUUCCUGUUGCUUUCCAACAUGGCCAGACUUCCCUCAUCAUUAAAUCAAAUCAUCCUGUAUCUUUUCCCUUUCUCCCAACAAAUUGAAAAAGCUUUGUGUACUCCCUGGCUCUCCCUCUCCAUUCACUCCUCAGCCCUCUGUAAGCUGGUUUAUGGCCCCAUUACUCCAUUGAAAAUGUCCCCUCUAAAACUGUAAAUCCUUCGUCAGUCAUCAUCAAACUGGGAGGACCCCCUGCCUCCCAGAGCAGAGCUCACGCCUCACAAUAAAGUACAAUUUGAGAAAGAAAAGGCAUCACGAGAGGCCAUGUGGGCCGGUCUAGCCCUCCUCCGGCCGUGCCCUGGCCCUCGAGGUCCGGCGGCAGCCUGCGGCAGGUAACCCAGGGGGCCCUCGUGGAGCAAGGACCCUCCCACGAGGAGGGAGGAUGGGUCGGCCCUGCUGACCACCCCGAGCAGUGACUCCAGAAAGGGGCCACCCCUGCAUCCUGAGCCGGCCGAGACCAUCUGCCUGAGGAGGAGCCUCAGCCCCCUAAUGGGAGGGACUCCCUCGUGCCCUGCAGUAAGGCCUUGGCAAAAGCUGACCCCGUGCAGGGGCCGGGGCCGCUCCUCCCAGGCAGGGACAAGGUGGGAUUGUUCUGAGGGCUGAGGGGGGAAUUUCAAGGCUCUGGGAAGCAAGACUGAACUCGGAUCAAUGAAGAAUCCCCUCGACAGUGGUGUGUGGGGGGGUAUUAAUUACAGCCAUUUAGUGGUUAAUUAAAAUAGUAAUUACUUGGAGAAAAGCUGCCAGACGUGGUUUGGAAGGGAACAUCUUUCAUCGAUCUUGUAACUUAAAGAGAACAGGUCCUGAAUAAUCUGAGCCAGAUGGCAACAUUCAGGCAACUUAACCAGACGGGUACUGGCUAGUACACGGGUGAUGGGUACAGACUAGUACACGGGUGACGGGUACGGGCUAGUACACGGGUAGAUGGGUACUGACUAGUACACGGGUGACGGGUACGGGCUAGUACACGGGUGACGGGUACGGACUAGUACACGGGUGACGGGUACGGACUAGUACACGGGUGACGGGUACGGGCUAGUACACGGGUGACGGGUACGGGCUAGUACACGGGUGACGGGUACGGGCUAGUACACGGGUGACGGGUACGGGCUAGUACACGGGUGACGGGUACGGGCUAGUACACGGUGACGGGUACGGGCUAGUACACGGUGACGGGUACGGGCUAGUACACGGGUGACGGGUACGGGCUAGUACACGGGUAGAUGGGUACGGGCUAGCACACGGGUGACGGGUACUGACUAGCACACGGGUGACGGGUACGGACUAGUACACGGGUGAUGGAUACUGACUAGUACACGGUGAUGGGUACGGACUAGUACAUGGGUGAUGGAUACUGACUAGUACAUGGGUGACGGGCACUGACUGUUUCCACGCUCCGUGACUUGUUAAGGCCCGAGCUCUCGCCGGGGGGAGGCCGCACCUCUCCUGCGGGUGCAUCUGGGCUCUCCCCAAGUUCUCCCCCAGCAAGGCGAGGGGGCGGUGGCCGCCAUCUUGCCUUGGCAGGAGAAGGGUGCCCCCCGGAGAGCUCCUCCUUCCCCGAAGUAAAGCGCGCCACUUGUAGCUCCGGAGCCUGUCUGUUACAAGAGCCCCCCCCACCCCCCGUAUUUCUGUGAGAAGUGUUUCUGAGGCUGCCCCAAAGGCCGAGAACCCCCGGUGUCCUCAGGGUGACUCUCAGCAUAGAGAGGACCCCACGGGGGGCCCGUCCGGCUGUGAGAGCGACGACCUGCAGAGCUCGGCCAGCCCAGACCUGCUUAGCUCAGGAAGUCGGCUCAGUCGGACCGGCCGCCCUGCAGCGCUCUUAAGGCCACAGGAAAAGUCAGGCCUUAAAUGAUAACAGAGGCGAGAGAGACCCGGCCUCAAUCCCCACAGACCAGGGAAGAAAACGCACCGUCACUAUGGUAACCAACAGAAAAGCUUCACAGAGAUGCAGGGGACAGCAGGGAGAGCGGAAGUCCAGACCCCUUCCCAGAGCCCUGGGACCUUGCCUGCGCCUCGAGCUCCUUGUGUCUGCUGACUGACUCUUACAGGCGAGCAUCCUGGUGGGGGCUCGUGAUUCAGCCAGGGCACGCCAGUCCUUUCCCAGAGGGGUUCCCUUGGCUUGCACAACCCCCCUCCCCAGGAAAUAGUGGACUUGUCGCUGUCCUCCCGUUUCUGAACUGCACGGCCCUUGUUCACUGAGUGCCAGUCAUCCCCUCAGCACCAUCCCCUCAGUGCCCACCCUUGAUACCAUUCCCUUUGGUGCCUUCCCUUCUGUGUCAUUUCUUUGGUGCCAUCCCCUCAGUGCCUUCCCUACAGUGCUAUCCCUCAGUGCCAUCCCUUAGUGCCAUCCCCUUGAUGCCAUCCAUUCAGUAUCAUUUCUUUGGUGCCAUCCCUCAGUGCCAUCUCCUUGGUGCCAUCCCAUGAGUGCCAUCCCCUCAGUGUCUUCCUUUCAGUGCUAUCCCUCAGUGCCACCCCAUCAGUGCCAUCCCUCAGUGCCAUGCCUUUGGUCCUAUCCCCUUCAGGGCCUCAGACACUUGGGAUCAGGCUGUAGACAUCCAGCAAAGUGAUGUUGGUCAAGCUUUUUUCCAAACACUAGCUACCGUCAUUCUUACCCUGUCUCAGAAACAGACGCUGGGCAGAGCUCAGCCCUGAGCUGCUCCGGGUUAUUCCCGCACUAACACUCUUUGAUCCCACUUUGCCUGAGAUUUGGAUGAUAAAUGGAUGGCGCAGCUGCGUUCAGACAGGGGUCCGAGGUGGCCUUCCCUCUGUCCUGGGACUGAAUCCACCCGCAGAGGAAGCCGAGGACCUGUGCCCACCCGGCCCUUCUAGAAAGAAAGCUUCUGUCCAAUAGCGGGGUGUAUCUCUGCGCCUCUGCCAGGGCCACGCUCCCAUUUUCCGUUGGGGAAUCUCUUCCUCCCUUCCUGACUCAGCUCAAGGCCACUUUCCCCCAGGUCCCCAGCUCCCCUUCCUCCUGAGUUACCUUUCGUUUAGUCCGUGCUACUUGUAUGUUGUCUUCCCCGCAGAAGCUCCCCAACGAGGGGCUGGCUCUGCUUCCCCGAGAAGUUCUCUGAGGGCAGGGGCUGCUCCCUUGGGUGCUUGUUUGUGGAUGGGAGCUCAGCAUCGCCUGUACCCACAGAACGUGCUCCCCAAGAUCGCUUCCAGGGUUCCAUGGGCUCAAUCACAGCACAAGUCAAUCUGUCUCUGGCCACCCCUCCUCACAGUAGCCUCUUCCUGCUGAUGGGCAGCUGGGGCCAUCGUCCUCCUUCUUCCUCCUCCUCCUCAUUUUUAUUAUUAUUAUCAUCAUACAGAUAGGAAAAAGCCACAGAGAGGAGGCAGGAUCACCUGGGCAGUGACUUGGACCAGAUCCCCCGACAAGAUUUCCCAUGUUGAGUGUGGGGGUUGGGUGUCUGUGGGUUGAUGCUCCAGAUCCAAAGGCUGAGAACUCAAACCCUUUCUAGUCAGGCUGGGUAAGAACACAACAGCAGAGCCCAGAGUCAAGUACCUGACAAGGGGCAGACAUGGCAUCUUCUACAUAAGAAAAAGGUGGUCACCUUUAAAACGGCUUGAGGAAUGGCCGAGACUUGGGGGGUGGAUGGGCAAGGGGGCAUUCCAGAUGCCAGGCAGAGUGUGAGCAAAGGCCCGGGGGAAGAUGGAAAAGGAUUUGUGUCUCUGUCUGCUAAUGGGGCAGAAUAGCAAUUGCUGGAUGCCCAAGGAUGCACUGACCACAAACAGCCACAAUCACGGCAGAUCUAAGGGGAUCCAAGGGGUGUUUCUCGCUUUGGGAUCAAUGUGUUGGAAACUGACCCAUGAAAGAGGGGUCAAAAUAAGCAAACUAUGAAUUAUGGGAUAUUGGUGGGACUGGGAAGAGCAGCCCCUGUUACAAAAUGAUGGGAUUGGCUGUGGUCUUGCGGCAUUUCAUUCUCCGAGACCACAGCCUCCUUCGCACCAGGAGAAAGGCCGGCCGCCAUCACCGGCAAGAGAGACGGCUCAUCUCGUCCCAAAUGGAUUUUCUUCGGGGAGCCGGUUAUGCCGUGAUUACCACUGAUGAGCGUUCAUCACAUUAAUGAAAAUGCAAUGAAGCGAGUUCCCUUCAACCAUGAGACGGGAAGGGGUCUAAUGCUUUUCUUCACUGUACAAAGCACGAUUAUUAUUAUUCAGAUAGAACAAAGAAGACAAAUUUGGAGAAAACAAGUGCAAGUUUAUUGCCUUUUAAUUAAGUUUAAAUGAGAGCUCCCAUGUACAGGCUCAUUAGUGGUGCAGGAAAUGACCACAAGUCAUCAUGCAUCAGGCUUUCAGAAGCUUCCCUGUUUGCUUCCCCACCACGACAUUCUUCCCUGAGGCAUCGGGGCCGUACCCAGAAAGCUAAAGUAAGAUCAAGCCUUUCUGUCUUUACACCGGAAAGUAACAAGAAGAACUGUAUCUGGGGACAUUUCACUCUCAGACUUACAAAGCACUUUACAAAUAUUAUGUCAUUUGAAAUGGAAUAUUAUCGUUCAAUAAAAAAUGAUGAAUAAGCCGAUUAUAGAAAGGCCUGGAAAGAUUUACAUGAACUGAUGCUGAACAAAAGAAGCAGAAGCAGGAAUCCAUUAUACACAAUAACAGCAAGACUAUGUGAUGAUCAAUUAUGAAAGGCUCAGUUCUUCUAAGUGGUUCAGUGAUAUAAAGCAUUCCUGAUAGAUUUUGGACAGAAAAUACCAUCUGCAUACAGAAAAAGAUGUAAGGAAACUGAAUGUAAAUCAACACAUGCUAAGUUCAUUUCUUUUUUUUUUUUUUUAUCUUCCCCAGGGUUUUCCCUUUGGCUCUCAUUUUUCUCUCCCAACAUGAUUCAUGAAGCAAUGUGUACUAAAAAUAAAUAAACUUAAAAAAUUUAAGCAAGCAAAAAAA